GCCGAGGGCCCGGGGCGGGCCGGCCGGGCGCUCAGCGGGCGAGGCCACGUCUGUGCUGCGCUCGGCGGGCGACAGGCUUGCGCAGGAGCGCCGGCUGCGGGCGUCUGGCGCUGCCUCGGGUCGGCAGCGCGGAGGCCCGGUGCGUCUCAGCCCUCCGCCUCCGCGGCCGCUUCCGGCGAGGCCUCGCGCCCCGGCGGCACGAGCGGGCCCGCUGCGGGCAGCCGCCUUGGCGCUGCAGAGCGCACCCAACGUCCCUGCCCGGGACGGGUGGCUUAAGCUCUCCCUGCCCGGACACUGGGCAGCGCCUGCCGCACGGGCUGCUGGAGGUGCUCAGCAACACGGGGCGUGCACAGCCCUCACCCCCGUGCCCGGCACGUCCUAGGAGCGCAGAGAGCGGUGGCGGCGAUUCGUUCAUGUUGUUAGUAGCCGUUACGAAAGGUGUCAUUAAAAGGGUUACCAGGUGACAGGGGUGUUUAUGAAGAACUGGGACUUGCUGGACGAGCGUGGAGUUUGCACUGCCGACAAAGACUGUGAAGAUGCUUACAGAGUUUGCCAAAUCCUAGACAUCCCCUUCCGUCAAGUGUCCUACGUGAAGGAGUAUUGGAACGACGUGUUCAGUGAUCUUUUAAAUGAAUAUGAAAAAGGAAGAACUCCCAAUCCUGAUAUAGUCUGCAACAAGCGUAUCAAGUUCAGUUGUUUUUUUAACUAUGCUGUGGAUAAUCUCGGAGCAGAUGCAGUCGCUACGGGUCACUAUGCAAGAACAUCCCUGGAAGAUGAAGAGGUCUUUCAGCAGAAGCACGUUAAGAGGCCAGAAGGGCUUUUCAGAAAUCGACUUGAAAUUAGAAAUGCGGUAAAACUUCUCCAAGCAGCUGACAGCUUUAAAGACCAGACCUUCUUUCUCAGCCAGGUUUCCCAGGAUGCCCUGAGGAGAACUCUCUUUCCCCUGGGGGGAUUAACAAAAGCUUUUGUAAAGAAAAUAGCUGCUGAGAAUGGACUUCAUCAUGUGCUUCAGAAAAAAGAGAGCAUGGGCAUCUGUUUCAUUGGUAAAAGAAAUUUUGAGAAUUUCAUCCUUCAGUAUUUACAGCCUCGACCUGGUAGAUUUAUCUCUGUAGAAGACAAUAAAGUUCUGGGAACGCAUAAAGGUUGGUUCCUGUAUACGUUGGGCCAGAGAGCCAACAUAGGUGGCUUACGGGAGCCCUGGUACGUGGUGGACAAGGACGAUGCCACGGGCGACGUGCUCGUGUUUCUUCGUCUGCAGAGUGGGGGUAGAGAGGCGCGAGGGGCCCCCCGGACGGACCACCCGGCCCUGUACAGGGACCUGCUGCGGACCGGCCGCGUGCACUGGAUCGCGGAGGAGCCGCCCGCAGCCCUGGUCCGAGACAAGAUGAUGGAGUGCCACUUCCGCUUCCGCCACCAGAUGGCACUAGUGCCCUGCGUGCUGACCCUCAAUCAAGAUGGCACCGUGUGGGUGACAGCCGUGACGGCCUUGCGGGCUCUCACCCUGGGACAGUUCGCUGUGUUCUACAAGGGGGACGCGUGCCUGGGCAGCGGGAAGAUCCUACGCUUGGGGCCGUCCGCCUACACGCUCCAGAAGGGCAGGAGCAGGCCCGGUGUGGCCACGGCCACGGCCACGGAGGGCUCCAGCAACAGCCGGGGCGACAGCCCAGGCCUGGGGCCCACGCUCUGACGGAGGCCGAGCAGCUGCUGCGGAGCUCGCGGGAGGAGACGAGGGGGAGCGGAGCCGGGGCGGGGCCGCCGGGGGCGCAGCUGCUGCUGCCCGAACCUGGGGGAGCCCAGCUGGACCUGCCUCGGAGCCGGGGAGAGCCUGUCCUCUCGCGUGCUGGCUAGUGGCUCUGUCCCAAGUGCCCCUUGUGUAGGGCUCCUCUUCUACACCCCCUAGCAGGUGUCCCCGCUGGGAUCGCGCGGAGGGCACCUGUGGAGGGGGUGGGUGGGCCGCAGGGGCAGCACCCAAUAAAAACUCUGU